CUGAUGUCUGUGCUGUUCUUCUCCACAGCAGCAGCUGCGCACUCAUAAACACAAACAUGUCCGCGGUGCCUGACGGCAAGAAGCUGGUCCGGAGCCCGAGCGGACUCCGCAUGCUGCCGGAGAACGGCGCUUUCAACAGUCCGUUCUCCCUGGACGAGCCGCAGUGGGUUCCGGACAAAGAGUGCCCCAGAUGUAUGCAGUGUGACACUAAGUUCGACUUCAUCACCAGAAAGCAUCACUGUCGGCGCUGCGGUCGGUGUUUCUGUGAUAAAUGCUGCAGUCAGAAAGUGGCUCUUCCCCGGAUGUGUUUUGUGGAUCCGGUGAGGCAGUGUGCGGAGUGCAGCCUCAUCUCACAGAAAGAGGUGGAGUUUUACGACAAACAGCUUAAAGUGCUCACUGCCGGAGGAACUUUCCUGGUCAGAGUUGAUUCCUCAGAGAAAUCAGAGACCAUGGUCUGCCGUUUGUCCAAUAAUCACAGAUAUCUCUUCCUAGAUGGUGAGAGUCAUUUUGAAGUGGAGCUCUCUCGUAUUUCCACUAUGCAGGUGUUGACUGAGGGCUCGACCCCAGGAGAGAAAGAUAUAUGCUCGUACACAAGCUUGCUGGACAGUCAAAUAUCUGAAGGAGGUUCUAUUCGAGCCAGUGGCAUGGUGCUUCAAUACAAGCCACCAGGAUCUCAGAACCUACAGGAGCUGCACAUGGACACUGCCGAUGACAAGCGCAUCGCGUCUGCCUGGCUUGCAGCAAUGCAUAAAGCUGCCAAAUUGUUGUAUGAAUCAAGGGACCAGUGAAAUGCCACCGUGCUGCAGGCCGAAAGGGAUGGACAGAACAAAAUGGAGGAGAGAGAGAAAGAGAGCAAAACCAAGUAUUGUGUGUUAUUCAGUCUUACAUGUACUCUAAGAUGCUUGUAUGAUUUCUAUUCAAUCUUUUGCUUCUAUUCCCUGUCGAGACAGACUAGAUUUACUUACAGCCUGUCUGUCUGCGCCAAGGGGAGGACCAAGUUUUCCGACGACUCUUGUGCAAUAUGGACACGUAUGAUAAUAUAGAAACACCAUUUAACAGAUGCUUUAAGUGUAGUCUCACCUAUAAAAGUUUUGUAAACAAAAUAUAUUUUGUCAGAUAUUCUUAUUUUAACACAAAAUGCUGUGUAUCUACUUUUUACUGCCCAAGUAUUUACAAUAUGCCGUUUUUUCUUCUUCUUCUUAACACAUUUGAAGCACUUUUAAAAAUUGUUUUUCCAACACUACAGAAUGAUGUUUCGGGUUUCAUUUGUUAGUAAGAUGUUUGUGUCUGCAGAGCAAUAUUUCCCUUCUUCUUUUUUUUUUUCUUUUAGAAGAUUGCCUGGACUCAUAUUAAACUGUUUUCUAGGUCACCAGGUUUUGUUUGCUAGGUUUCAAUUUUCAGUGUACACCAAAUAAACAUCUUCAGUCCACGACUGACAAUUUUUUGUCUGUGCUAAUUUGCAUAGUUUUUAAUUCAAGAUUAGUUCUCUGCUAAAAGUACAUUAGAUUAAAUGAUCUAUCUUAGUACAGUACUCAUGCAUUCUUGAAAUCUCAAAAACUAUUGGAUAUUAUCAUUUUGUAUAAAUAUUCAUCUGUUGCAUAAAUAUUUUUUGUGUGUGAAAAAUGAUACAUUUUUUGUUUGUGAUGCAGAAACAUCCUGUUUGCGACAGAUGGCAGAUUUCAUUCUUCUUUCUCACAGGGCUGCAGAGAAAUCAUCUCUGUUCUCAUGAAGGACUUCUGCUGCCCUCUUGUGUCCUGUACACACUAGACCAGAAACUGAAGCUUACGAAAACAAGAACACUUACCAUAUUACCACAAACUCCUUGAACUUUUAUGCUUUUCCAUGUUUAUAUAAAAACUUACAUACAGCAAUGGCACAGUGACAGAAAUUACACCAAAAAUUCAUCUUUUAGUGUCUUAUUACAUAUUUAUUUAUUAUGCAUUUAAUAAAUAAUGCGAAGUAUGAUUUAUUUAUUUCGGUGUAAAGGCGUGAAUAAUGACUAAGGUUUUUAAUGUUUCCUAUGCAUAUUUUUAUUUAUUUAUUUUUGUGUAGGAAUGUAUUUUUAUUUAUAAUUUCAAUGGAAAAUGGCACUGCUACUCUGACCCUCCUGAUGACUGUCCCAAGAAUAAAGCUUCCCACUUGUUGAA